UUAUGUAUUUCAGUGGGUCCGCUUCAAAAUACGUCGUCAGUAUCAACGGAAAAUCUUUCCUCUAAAGCGAAGAAAGUGCUUUACAAGCGCGUGCAUAUUCUGCAAUGGUUACCGAAGUACACAAAGAAAGACGUCUUGGCCGAUUUUAUCUCCGGACUGACCGUUGGCCUGACUAUGAUGCCUCAAUCUAUCGCUUAUGCUGGACUUGCUGGAAUGGCUCCCCAAUACGGGUUGUAUACUGCCUUUAUUGGCUCGUUCACGUAUGUGUUUUUUGGAACAGUAAAAGAGGUUUCCAUAGGACCAACAAGUUUGAUGUCAAUUUUGUCAUUCUCGUAUACAGUCGGAAAACCAGUUGAAUAUGUUAUUUUAUUAGCUUUUAUUGCUGGAGUCGUGGAAUUACUGAUGGGAAUAUUGAAAUGCGGAUUCCUCGUGGAUUUCAUUUCACCAUGUUUGACCUCAGGUUUCACAUCUGCAACAACACUCAUAAUUACGAUGGCUCAGUUGAAAGCUCUGUUUGGUUUGAAAAUUAAGAGCCACGAUUGUAUUGGAAUAAUUAAAGAAUUUUUUCAAAAAUUCCAUGAUAUUAAGUUAGCUGACACCAUCGUCUCUAUCUCGUGCUUUGUCUUCCUGAUUGCUUUCAAGCAACUGCCCAAACUGAAAGUGAAGAAUCCUUCUGUGAAAAAACUACUGUGGUUCCUGGGGAUUUCUAAAAAUGCAUUGAUUGUACUAAUAACUUCAAUGGUAGCCUUCUAUAUGGAAACUAAUGGCGGUGUGCCUUUCUCAAUAACUGGAAAUGUGCCUAAAGGCUUACCUGAUUUUAGCUUUCCUUCUCGGCCCAAAAUUGGUAACGAAACGGUUGGCUACAAGGAAAUGAUCGAUUCGUUAGGAUCAGGCGUUAUAGUUGUUCCAGUGGUGGCUGUAUUAGCCAACGUUGCCAUUGCCAAAGCAUACAGUGGUGAGGUAAUCAUUGAUGCUUCUCAAGAAAUGAUAUCAUUAGGCUUGUGUAAUAUUUUGGGAUCUUUCGUCAAAGCCAUGCCCAGCUGCGGUGCUUUCACCAGAUCUGCUGUGGCAAGCAGCAGCGAUGUCCGGUCACCUCUUCAAGGAAUUUACUCUGGUUCUGUGAUAAUUUUGGCGCUCAGUUUCCUAGCACCAUAUUUCCGCUACAUUCCAAAAUCGACAUUGGCAGCAGUAUUAAUUACAGCAGCGAGCUCUCUUUUGGACUAUCAAAUAUUUCCAGUUUUAUGGAGGACUAAUAAGAUGGACUUUUUCCUGACAUUGCUGACUUUUAUUCUCGGUUCUUUAUUCGGAGUUGAAAUGGCUUUAAUAAUUGGGUGUGUAUGUAACCUAACAGUUCUUCUUAAAGUCUGGUUCAGACCAAAGAUAUUAGCAGAGACUCGUAUUAAAGGAGUCAAUGGUGAAAGUCGCCAGUAUCUAUAUAUCAAACCCGAACUGGGAUUGUACUAUCCUGGUGCCGAUUAUGUUUCGGAGUAUAUUAAGAAGAUGAGCAAACAAAUUCCAAAAUUGCCUAUAAUCAUCGACUGUUGCAACAUAAUCAGAAUCGAUUAUGCUGCUGCAAAAACUCUGGAAAUACUUCUCAAAACCUACAAUGAGAAUAAUAGGUCUCUUGUAAUGAUUAACUUAUCGCUUGAGAUUCUGGAAACAAUGAGAACAGUCACAGAUACAGAAUAUUUAGAAUUGUGUUUCAGUUCGGAUACGGUUCCAGAAAUAAUUGUAGACGUGGAAGAAAGAGAAGCAUUGUUGAAUGGUUCAAAAACUGAUAUGACGAAACCGUCGCUUGUCGAUAGAAGAAAAUCGUCCACACGUAGUGGAGGUAGCAGAAAACAAUCAACGCACCGAAGCGAGGAGAGAAAACUGUCUAUUUAUGAUUUUGAAUAAUAUAACACUAGUUUAAAGGAAUCACGUGUUUAAAUAAAGAUACCGUAAGGAGGA